AUGGCCGACGUUGACAUGCCCGACGUUGGUCCCCCAACCGACCACAAUCCGACCUCUAUCCCCGAAGAGACGCUGAAGUUACUCUACGAUCUUGACGCACUGACUCAGAUUCCAGAAGGGGAGUUCACCAAGGACAUUCCCCCACCGCCGAUAGGGGAGUUUACGAAACCAGCUAGUACGUCGACUCCGACGCAAAAUGGACAGCCGGGAUCUUCGUCGGUGCCGCCCGGCGCUGGAAACCAGGGUGAUGACGAGGAGGAGGAAGAGAGCGAUGGCGAAUACGACGAGCGUCCACCGCGUAGCACGAAUCCACGCACCUUGGAAGAACGUCUCAGGCGGGAACUUGAAUACAUAGAUGACAUGCUCGAACAGGACGAGGAGGAGGACGAGCAGAACAUGGCGGUGCCACGCGAUCAGUGGAGGGCGGCAGACUUCGUCGGGGACAACAUGGUUUACGCGUGCAUCGACGUGCUCGUCAUGGACGCCCUACGCCACCUACAAACCUUGGAGAAGAAGAGCACGCUAAGGCUGUACACCUCGUGGAUCUACCACUACAAGAGGUGGGCGGCGAAGAUGCUGAAGCAGAUUCGCGACAAGCUUCCCCAGGAGCACCGACUUAGACACGUCGACGAGAUCGGCCACUACAUCCGCGACAACAAGAAGAAGGAUUGGGACAACGAGGCCGAGACGGCGGUGAGGGUGGAGGCGACGCUCUACAGGGAGAAGGAGCUGGGCAUCAUGCGGGAGAUCUCGGUGGUCAGAUCGGAGGUGCGGGUCAUGGUCCGCACCAAGAACGAGAGGGACCUCAAGAAUUGCGCUGACCAGCGUCGCGGCACCAUCGGCGAUACCUACACCGCCGAACAGUUCCGCCAGAUCAUGACGAAGGUGCUGCCGACAUGGGCGGCGUCGGCGUGGAACCCGCGGGCGACCGCUCCCUCGCAGACGCUGUGGAGAUUUAUGCUCAUCAAGGUGCUCACGCUACUCUCCCACCACACUCUCCUACGCGGUGCCAGCAUCCGCGAGAUCACGCUCCCCGAUAUCUUCUUGUACCGACUGGCGAGCACGUCGUCGGUGAACCCGGAGAACCAGCCGGUCGUCAUGGUGAUCGCCGCGCGGAACUCGAAGACUUCCAAGGAUGCCCGUCUCCAGCAAAGCUACGCGGCGCGACACCUGGAAGCGGAGUUGUGCACCGUCGGCGAGACCGGCUUGUGGCUGCACUUCAUCCUCGACCAGAUCGGCCAGUUCAACGGCGUCGACUUCCUUCCGCCGCUGGACACCACCGCACGCGAGCGCUAG